UGAUAAAUAUAACCCAGGAACACAUAUAUUCCAGAAAUAGAACCUCCUGUGGAAGCUAAGGAAAAGGAGAAAGAACUUGAAGAAAAGAAGAAGAAUUUUGAUAAGAAGAAUCCCUGGGGGGAUAUUGCAGAGGAGUGGAUUGCUGGUACAGGAAGACAAAGGGAAUAUCCUAUUGGAUUAGAAGAUCUAGAGAAUCCACCUCGCAGGUUUGCGUUAGGAAUGCAGGACUGGGAUGCUCCUCAAGAUGACUCCCAACCUAUACGCAUUUACGCUCCUGCUUCAAGGAAACGGAAGAUAUUUGAAAGAUUGGAUUAUGAUGGUCGUGAAUCUCCAGAAGAGUCUAAAACUUAUUUCUCUGAUGGUGUAGAGGAAAGUGAAGAUGAAAUGCAGUGGAAAGGGAAACUUAAGAAACCAAGAAUGGGAAUGGUUGCAGAUAUGGAGGAGAAGAAGAAUAAACUAGAUGUUAAAUCAAGGCUGAAGACAGGUGGAUCAGUGGAUAAACGAGUAUUGAAGAGGCAGGUGUCAAAUACUAAGUUUGUUGUGAGGGAGGAGAUUAUAGAGGAGUAUCUCGACGAUGAGGAGGAGGAGGAGGAGAAUGAGCUGUUGGUCAAGGAGGCUAGGAAUCUUGAUCUCAGGCAAACUUUGACCAUGAAGAUCGAGAAUAAACCAAUCAGACAGAAGAUCCAACCAACCAAAUCAUUCUCAGAUAGGUUUGAAGGAGGACGGAGUAAGAGGGAUAACCUUGAACUAGAUGAUGGCGAAGAUCUACCGGAUAUAGAGGAUAUGAAGAUCGAGAUACGUCAGUACAGUAGUGAUGAGGAUGGAAUGGAUGUGGAUGACAAUGAGGUUGAGAGAGAGAGGAUGAAAAGAUUACGGAUGAAGGAUACGGUUGGAAAAGGAGAUCUAAGAGCUAGUAUGCGCGGCGGAGAUCUACGGGAUAGGAUGCGUGGGAAGAGGAUGGAGAGGAAGGAGGAUGAGGUUGAGGUGAGGAGGGAAAGGAGGGAGGAGAGGACCGAUACAAGACGAGACGAGAGAAGGGAUGAGGUUAGAGUCAAGAAGGAGAAGGAUGGGGAGCAGAGAAAGGAAAGUAAGAAUAGAACUGAGAAGAAGGAACGGAAGGAUGAACAGAAACUGAUAGAGGAAAGGGUUCGAGAGAUUGAAGCUUUAAAGAAGCAGGAACGUAAACUAUUGGAAGAGAAGGAAAGGAAACUAAAGGAGAUGGAGAAAAAGAGAGAAGAAGAUCGACUGAAACAGAAGAGAGAGAAGGAAAGGGAACGGGAAAGGGAAAGACGGGAGCGUGAACGGGAGAAGGAGAGGAUUGAACGGGAAAGACAGAAAGCCAAAGAGAAGCUGCGAGAGAAAGAGCGUUCUCGUAAAUCCCGAAGGAAGAGUGAGAGUAGUGAUAGCGAUUCGUCCGACAGCGGAGACUCGUCCAGUGAUGACAGCGAUUCCGAAUCUGAAUCCUCUUCAUCAUCUUCAUCGGACGAGUCGGAUAGUUCUGAUAGCGAGAGCGAAUCAUCAUCAUCUGAAUCUGAAACCGAGAGGAAACGCGGGAAACACAGCUCAAGUAGAUCGUCUAAAAAGCCCGUCAAAAAGGAACCUGAGAAGAAGAAAUCCUUGAAAGCUGAGCCAAGCAGGAAAGGAAAGGAGAGCAAGGUGUCAAGUAAAUCCUCCGGGAAAGGAGACACUGCUGAUGAUUCCAAGAAAGCAUUGGAACUCCGAGACAAACUGAAGAACUACUUGAAGAAAGCUAAGGAAGCCAAGGAUGAGAAUGAUAAAAAAUGAUUUUUUGAUAAUUUUGCGAUUCUCCUUGUACCUUCCUAUUGUAAAUUACAACCCCCCCCCCCCCACACUAAUAAACCUCGUCGUUUUGUAAAUAGAUAUUUUCAGAAACAAUUAUAAUACGAGAUGAGAUAUUCAGAAUUUGUUGUAUUGUUGCAUUUUUUCUUUGAAAAUUCGAAUAAAUCUGAAUCUGUUAGCAACGUUAAUCUAUGUUUUCAGA